AUGUCUUUUUCAAUUGCAACAAGCUCCAUCUCUUCUGGCACCGCUACCACAUCACGACUUCAGCGUGACUGUACUGCGUUGAUGUAUGACAGCAUGACUACGGAUGAAUUGAAAGAGGCUCUUCGAGAUGCGCACAGAGAAAUCAAUGAUGCACAGCGCAUUAUCUCUGAGCUCAAGCUGGAGCUAGCCACUGCCAAAGUGAAGAAAGGCGGCCAAAAGGUAGGAGCAUCGGAAGAGUUGUUGAGUGCGGAUCAAGAGAUUGCCAAGCUCGCCCGGAUAUACAUGCUUUUCCAUCAACCCUGGGUCCGCGCCGACGAUUUCCGCAAUCCAAAACCAUCAUUUGAAUCAAAUAGCGCUGAAAGAUUUUCAAGCGACGAUAACCUGAAGCUUGGUGCGACCAUGGAACUGUAUGAUUGCGUUCCCGAGCGCCUACAUGAUUAUAUGCAAAGUCACAGCGACUUUGCGACAAAGUUCAUGAAAGAAUUGUCUUCUAGCCGUUCAAGCAUCAUCGAUCGCCUGCGCAAAAAUGCUGCCACAAUUUUCGGCCUUACUCCUGACAUUUUCUUGCGUAAAUUCAAUCGCUCAACCAACUCAACCAUCAAUACCUUGCUUGGGUACAAUGCGAGCCGCAAGACAGUGAGCACACGUUACCCACGCUUGCCACCUUUUUUCUUCGAAAACUCAGACACUUCGGAUACAACACUCCUCUUCCGCAGUGAAUACUUGCUCAAGGUGGCGCUUUUAAUUAUCUACAGGCCGAGUGCGAUAUUUGGUGAUGCACUGCCGAUCCUGCGGUCAAACAGCCCUUACGCUUCUCGUUCAGAGUCUGGAACUACAGCUGGCCUAAUUUGUUGUGUCGCAACCCUGGCUUGCUUCAUUAUGUCAAUGGAUACUGAACUCACAGGAACGGGGGUUGGCAAUGUGACUGGGAUCGGUUAUUUUGCCGACUUUGACGCAUACAAAAAGAUCUUGACACUUUCACGGGAAUCUUCAUCAGCAAUCAUUCAACUUUACAGGAUUUGGGAUGCAAGACUUUUCCCCAACGUGCAUCCAGCUUCGGAGUCUGGGGAGGAAUUUGAAGACGACACAAACGGAAACGGAAACGACGACGAGGAGAUUUCACAAUUUCUUCGUCAACUUCAUGUCCAAGAAUCUCCCUCCCACCAGCAUUCAGCCUCCAGCGCGCCAAACACAAUUGGGUCGCAACCAUCGGGGAAUCGGAUUCAUCCCGCUCCUGUGGCUCCACCCCCCGUUUCCAGUCCCUCCAUCAUGUCCAUUUUAAACACUGGGGCGACAGCGUUUGAUUCCCAAGGGACGGACUCGGAAAAUCUCGAAGCUGUGCAAGGUCCAGGGGAUAAUUUGACAGAGCCCGUCAAACCGCUGCCACGCCGCGCCGCAAACAGGCGACAGGUUGCUGCAGCUGCACCUAGCUCCAUCAAUUCCACUGAACCUGUCAUUCCGAUCGCCGCUGAACAGCCUCAGAAGCGCACCACCCGUGGAAAGAAAGGAACGACGAAGCGCCGUUGA